UUCUCUAUCUGCCUUAAAAUCAGUGAACGGAACGGCCGCUUCGGGUCGCUCAAGAUCUCCCCCGUCCCUGUUCCCCAUUUCCAUCUUCUCACUUACUCCGCCAUGGCCUCCAGCUACGGCGAUUUCUACCGGGGAAACUUGCUGCGCGAUGAGGUUUUAUACCUUCACGGCCUCUGGAAGCAAGGGUCCCAUCCUCCAUCCCCCGGAAACGGAAACUUCAACUCUAACACUAAAUGCAACCUCACUCCCAGUCAUCUUCGUCCCAGAUUCUCCGGCAAGCUAAGAAAAGGUCGAAAGCAUCAACGUCGAAGGAAGAAGGCGGUUGCAUCCGAGAAGGAAUGGCCAUGCGAUCCUGAUACGGAUCCGAUCCAAGCGGUCGCCACUGGCUGGCCAGAGCCACGGCCAAAGCCUGAGCCUCGCCCUCCCUCCGCCGAGGAUCUCGCCGCGGCUCUGGUUGCUCGUGCGCAGAAGAAUGGCGUGGAUGCUUGUAGGAGAUUCUUUUCUAAGAAGAUCGUGGAUAAUGAUUCCGAUGAAUGCGAUUCGGCCGGGGAAUUAGAGGAGGAUGAUGAUGAUGAGGAGGAAGAGGUGGAGGAGUGGGCUUUCAAGAUUUUCAUGGAUAUAUUUACGAAGGACAACGAGUUGAGGAGGUACUACGAAGAAAAUCAUGAUAAGGGUGAGUUCUUGUGCUUGGUAUGUGAGGGUAGUGGGGCUAAGAAAGGGAGGACGUUUGGUGAUUGUGCUGGGCUGGUUCAGCAUUGCAGCAAUGCGGCCAAGAUAGGUCCGAAAGCUGCUCAUCGUGGUCUUGCGAGGGCUUUGUGCAGGGUGGUUGGGUGGAAUUUUGAGAGGCUUCCAAUGCUGGUUUUGGACCUUGAAGAGACUCUGGGUCAGAUGCUGGCGAGGGAUGCCUCUGGAUAGCAGGAUCCAAGUGAAAGGUUGGAUGGGAAAUUAAAUGGAGGUCAUGUUGCUAAGUAGAGAAGCAGCCCCUAGGCGCCUGAGCAAGGGUUGCAAACCAGCCAAAAACGAGAGAAGAUAAAAAGUAGACAAAAUUUAAGCAGCGCCUAGACGCCUAGGUCCAGCGUCUAGGCGCUACGGACCGACACCUAUGUGCCAAAUGCCCUAAGAUGAAGAAUCCAAUAAUGGGAAAAGGAGCGCUGGAUCUACGGUGCCUUGUUUCAACGCUUAUGGGCCAAUAGAGCAGCGCCUAGGUGUCAGUUCACGCUUUUUAAAAGGGACAUUGAAUAAACUGAGAAGGGGGAGAAACAUUUGGAAGGUUGCAAAAACUCUGUAAGAGUGGGUAAGGACUUUGUGAGGAGUGAGUGAGUGAGGAUUUGUG